UUUAGUAUAUUUUAUUUACAUAUCCAGAUGAUCAUAUUAAAAGGUAUUAACAAAACAAACAUAAAAUUGCAUAGACCUUUCCCAUCGUUUGAAAUUAGAUGCAAGUCAUAUGUUUUAUAACAGCCGACUCACCAGUAAACUCCACCAGUUGCUUUGGCAAACUAUUUUUUUAAAUUGGUAAAGCGUACACAGAUUGAAACUUUCUGUAAUUUUGAAAUAAAGUCAUUUUCGUUAGCACUCUGUGAACCUGCUACACACCCUUCCUUGCAAAAUAAUUUCUGAAAUAUAAAGAAGGUUGUUACAAACUAAAAUAUCCUGACACAGAAAUUUGACCUGUAGCCACUCCAAACAGCUCUUCCUGUGUCGUCUGCGCAUGCUUGGAAAACUUGGUUUAGUUGUCCGUUUCCUGCUCGGUGCUUCCUCCUUGGUAAGAUGGCAGUAAAGCUCAGUUUGUUCUAUGCAGCUGUAUGCACUGCAGUGGUCUCGGCUUUUGUAGAAGAGCUGGAUGACUCCUUUAAGGAUACAAGAAUGGGUGAUACUUGGAUAGUAGAUUUCUAUGCUCCUUGGUGUGGCCACUGCAAGAAACUGGAACCAGUGUGGCACGAGGUGGGGGCUGAAAUGCGCAGUUCUGGUUCACCUGUGCGAGUUGGGAAGAUAGAUGCUACUGCUUAUUCCAGUGUUGCCUCAGAACUUGGAGUACGUGGUUAUCCAACUAUAAAACUAUUGAAGGGAGAUUUGGCUUACAAUUACAGAGGACCAAGAACCAAAGACGACAUAAUAGAAUUUGCUAAUAGAGUAGCAGGGCCAGUUGUUCGUUCACUUCCCAGCCAACAGAUGUUUGAACAUGUGCAAAAGAGACACGAUGUGCUUUUUCUUUAUGUUGGUGGAGAAUCACCAUUAAAGGAGAAGUACAUUGAAGUGGCAUCAGAGUUGAUUGUGUACACAUAUUUCUUUUCUGCUUUAGAGGAAGUUUUGCCUAAGCAUGUGGCAUUACAAGAGUUACCUGCUGUGUUGGUCUUCAAGGAUGGAACAUACUUUGUUUAUGAUGAAUAUGAAGAUGGUGAUUUAUCGUCCUGGAUAAAUAAGGAGAGAUUUCAAGGAUAUCUACAUAUUGAUGGCUUUACUUUAUAUGAACUUGAAGAUACAGGAAAAUUGGUGGGAAUUGCAGUCAUUGAUGAUAAAAAUCCAUCUGAGGAGAGCAUUAGAUUGAAAUCACUAAUUCAAACAGUAGCUAAGGACUACAGGGAGCACUUCAACAGGGACUUCCAGUUUGGCCAUAUGGAUGGGAAUGAUUACAUCAACAGCCUAAUUAUGGAUGAAGUGACUAUGCCAACAAUCAUUGUGCUCAAUACAUCCAACCAGCAGUACUUCCUUCCGAGUCAGCCGAUUGAACACAUUGAAGACCUAGUUCGGUUUAUAAACGAAGUUCUAGAUGGCACAGCAGAGGCACAAGGUGGUGAUGGCAUUCUUCAGCGCAUCAAAAGAGUUAUUUAUGAUGUAAAGUCCACAGUAGUUUCUGUCUUCAAGAGCUCUCCUCUUCUCGGAUGCUUUCUCUUUGGUCUGCCUCUGGGUGUCAUCAGCAUCAUGUGCUAUGGAAUCUGUACAGCCGAUUCGGAUGAUGGCUCGGAGGAAGCAGAGCUCUUGAAGAGGGAAGGCAGAGAUCAAGAACUGACAGACGAGGGAAGUGAGGAGGAACUCGAGGAUGGCAAUGAUGAACAGCAGCCAGAGAGUGGAGCUGAGCACAGCGAUGAGGAGCGUGAAGAAAAAACCUCAACAGAAAAGAAAACUGAUUAACCAAACAACUCCCCCUAGGAUUUUCUUUUUAAAUUGAAAGGCUAAUUUAUUUAUAUAGUCAAUAUCAAUCAGGAUUCAGUAAAGACCGACAAAGAUUGGUCCAGUAGCUUUGUCAAUGUGUAUUUACUUGUCAGUUAGAGAAAUAGUAAGGUUAAUGUUUAAAAAAUAAAUAAAUAAUAUAACUGCAGAGACAAAUGCAUGUACCAUAAUGCAGCUAUCAAGAUGGUGCAGCUUAAAGUAAAAUUGUUAGUCAAUGUUACAGUUUUUUUUCAUGGCUGUCAGAUUAUUAGUCAAGAAGACUGACCAUUCAGUCAUUCUCUAUAACAAUUAAACUUUAAGCCCUGGAUGUACAUUUGAGCACUCAAGUGCUAGACUGUUGAAUUAGGAAUGUUAUUCUGAAACUUAGACAGGUGCAAUAUUUCCCAUUGUGACUAUCUUCACCUUGCCUUCAAAUGUCCUUUACUAUUUUGAUGUCGGAUAUUUUAAUCUUUUGUCCUCCAACAUCCUGCGCUUUAGGGGCUCUGAGAAAGCUCAUCGGUGAUGUUGUUAAUUUUAAAUACUGUACAUAUUGUAUUUAAAUGUACCUUCCAGCUUUCCCUGAAGGGUUGCCAAGAGGAACUGCAAUAAUAUCUGUAAAAUGUAAGGUGAAUAGUAAUGUUUUCAGCAGUUGGUCUAUAUUAACACAGUGAGAAUGGGUAUGUGUUUAUGUGAACCCAUUAGACACCGUAGUCCGCAACAAAAUUUAAAAAGGGCAUUGGCUGCAAUUAGACUAAACACUUCAGUUAAAAACAGCAAAUAGUACUAUGAGUUUAAUCUUGUAACAUAAUAUGCAGCGUAACAAUUUGAAUAUAUUUACAUUUCAGAAGAAAGUAAAGAAAAAGAAACCGAUGUUCUUUAGCGGUGCAAGUUAGCUGAGUUUCUGGAGUGUUGUUGAAACUGAGGAUUAGUAGG